AGUAGAACAGAAGCAGGAGGAAUUUUCGAGUGUUCCACCAUGCUGGAUUGUCUAUUUGAUCAGCAGCUAGAAAAGGAUUAGUUGUGGCUAGUUUAUCAGCUGUCAUUAGAAGCAGAUGAGAGAGGAGAUAAGCUGCUAUGUGCGCACAUCCUCACUCAGCAUGUGUUUUGGUUUACAUCAAGACAAUGUUGGUUUAAGUUAACGCAGGGCAGAUAUUCACAUUCAUUUUUCUACUCAUCUUUGCUUGCUUUUAAUGAAAGAGUCAGUAUGCUGGAUGUGGAUUUUAUUUACAUUACAGACUGGAGAUAAAGCGGGGGGGAAACUACUGAGAUUUUUAUAUUGAACUGCAGAAUCUGUGGAAGAUUACGAGGUGUGUUUCAGAAGUGCUAUGACUUCAUAUUUGUUGCUGAUAUGUGUUUAAGAUGAGUGGGAUUGGCGAAAAUUCCUCUGACCCAGCUCGGGCAGAGUCAAGAAAACGCAAGGAAUGUCCUGAUCACCUUGGACCCAGUCCUAAAAGAAGCACUGAAAAACGUAAUCGCGAGCAAGAGAAUAAAUACAUUGAAGAGCUUGCAGAGCUGAUUUUUGCUAAUUUUAAUGAUAUUGACAACUUUAACUUCAAACCUGACAAAUGUGCAAUCUUGAAAGAAACUGUGAAGCAGAUUCGUCAAAUAAAAGAACAAGAAAAAGCAGCAGCAGCCAAUGAAGAUGAAGUGCAGAAAGCUGAUGUGUCAUCUACAGGUCAGAGUGUCAUUGACAAGGAUGCACUUGGACCAAUGAUGCUUGAGGCCCUCGAUGGGUUCUUCUUCGUAGUGAAUCUGGAAGGUAAUGUGGUGUUUGUGUCGGAGAAUGUGACACAGUACUUAAGGUACAACCAAGAAGAGUUGAUGAACACCAGUGUCUAUAGUAUCCUGCAUGUAGGGGACCACAAUGAAUUUGUCAGAAACCUGCUGCCAAAAUCUUUAGUCAACGGGGGACCUUGGUCUGGUGAAGCUCCUAGGCGCAACAGCCAUACCUUUAACUGCCGUAUGUUGGUGAAACCUUUAACGGAUUCUGAAGAAGAAGGCCAUGAUAACCAGGAAGCACAUCAGAAAUAUGAAACUAUGCAGUGCUUUGCUGUUUCUCAACCAAAGUCCAUCAAGGAAGAUGGUGAAGAUUUGCAGUCUUGCUUGAUUUGUGUGGCAAGAAGAGUUCCAAUGAAGGAAAGGCCACUUCCGCCCACAUCAGAAACGUUUAGCACUCGUCAGGAUCUGCUAGGCAAGAUAACUUCACUAGACACUAGUACCAUGCGAGCAGCUAUGAAACCUGGCUGGGAAGAUGUGGUAAGAAGGUGCAUUCAGAGAUUCUAUGCACUGAAUGAGGGAGAUUCUUUUGCCAAGAAGCAUCAUCAGGAGGUGCUGAGGCAGGGACUUGCAUUCAGUCCUGUCUAUCGAUUUUCCUUGUCUGACGGCACUAUAGUUUCUGCCCAAACGAAGAGCAAGCUCAUCCGUUCUCAGACUACUAGUGAACCUCAGCUUGUAAUAUCCUUGCAUAUGCUUCACAGGGAACAGAAUGUCUGUGGAAUGAACCAGGAUUUAACUGGACAGGCAAUGGGAAAGUCAUUGAAUCCAAUUAGGUCCAGCAGCCCUGCUCAUCAGGCCAUGUGCAGUGGGAAUCCAGGUCAGGAUAUGACCAUCAGUAGCAAUAUGAAUUUUGCCAUAAAUGGCCCAAAGGAGCAAAUGGGCAUGCCAGCGAGCAGGUUUGGUGGUUCGGGCGGGAUGAACCAUGUGUCAAGUAUACAAGCAUCCACUCCUCAGGGUAGUAACUAUGCACUAAAAAUGAAUAGUCCCUCUCAAAGCAGCCCUGGCAUGACACCAGGUCAGCCAAACUCUAUGCUUUCCCCACGGCAUCGUAUGAGUCCUGGAGUGGCAGGAAGUCCUCGGAUCCCACCAAGUCAGUUUUCCCCUGCAGGAAGCUUGCAUUCCCCUGUAGGAGUUUGCAGCAGCACAGGAAAUAGCCAUAGUUAUACCAACAGUUCCCUCAAUGCACUUCAGGCUCUCAGUGAGGGGCAUGGAGUCUCUCUAGGUUCGUCAUUGGCUUCGCCUGACCUAAAAAUGGGCAAUUUACAAAAUUCCCCUGUAAACAUGAAUCCUCCUCAGCUAAGCAAAAUGGGAAGCCUGGACUCUAAAGAUGGCUUUGGACUUCAUGGGGAGCCAUUGGAAGGUACAACUGGACAAACCGAGAGUGUCUGCCAUUCAGGAGAACAGAAGGAAAGUAACGAUAACAUGCCCCAGGUUGUUAGUGGUGAGAGGCCUGAUGGACAGAAUAGACUGCAUGAUGGCAAAAGCCAGACAAAGCUCUUACAGCUGCUGACCACCAAAUCUGAUCAGAUGGAGCCUUCGCCUUUGUCUAAUACUAUGGGAGAUGCUAACAAGGACUCCGUGGGAGGUUUAUCUGGUUCUGGUUCAGCACAUGGAACCUCGCUCAAGGAGAAGCAUAAAAUUUUGCACAGGCUCUUACAGGACAGCAGUUCUCCUGUAGACUUGGCUAAGCUCACAGCAGAGGCCACAGGCAAAGAACUGAGCCAGGAGACCAGUAGCACAGCUCCUGGUUCAGAUGUGACUGUUAAACAGGAACCAGUGAGUCCCAAGAAGAAAGAAAAUGCACUACUUCGCUACUUGCUAGAUAAAGAUGAUACUAAAGAUAUUGGUUUACCGGACAUUACCCCCAAACUGGAGAGGUUGGACAGUAAGACAGACCCUUCCAGUAGCACAAAGCCAGUAGCUAUGAAGACAGAAAAAGAAGAGAUGCGCUUUGAGCCAAACGAACAGCAUGGCAGUGACCUAGAUAAUUUGGAAGAAAUUCUGGAUGAUCUACAGAAUAGCCAGUUGUCAGUUUACCCAGACACCCGGCCAGGUGCUUCAACAGGAUCGGUUGACAAACAAGCCAUCAUCAAUGACCUCAUGCAGAUCACAGGUGAAAACAGCCCUGGCACGCCUGUUGGAGCCCAGAAACCAGCAAUGAGGAUCUCACAGAGCACUUUUACUAACACACGGCAAGCGCAGUUGGGAAGGAUGUUGCCAAGCCAGAAUUUACCACUUGACAUCACAUUGCAAAGUCCAACAGGUGCUGGAACUUUCCCACCCAUAAGAAACAACAGUCCCUAUUCAGUGAUACCUCAGCCCGGAAUGAUGGGCAGUCAAGGCAUGAUGGGAAAUCAAGGAAACCUAGGGAAUAGUAGCCCAGGGAUGAUGAGUAGUAAUGCUCCUAGGCCCACCAUGCCAUCAGGAGAUUGGGGAAACCAAGGUGCUGCUGUGAGGGUAACUUGUGCUGCCACGAGUGCCAUGAACAGGCCAAUCCAAGGAGGCAUGAUACGCAACCAAACAUCCAGCCUUCCUAUGAGACCCAACAGUCAGCCUGGCCCAAGACAGAUGCUUCAAUCUCAAGUCAUGAAUAUGGGAACUUCUGAACUGGAGAUGAAUAUGGGAGGUCCUCAAUAUAGCCAACAGCAGGCCCCUCCAAAUCAGACUGCUCCAUGGCCAGAUAGUAUCUUGCCUAUAGAUCAGACAUCUUUUGGUAAUCAGAACCGACAACCAUUUGGAAGCUCUCCAGAUGACAUGCUGUGUCAACAUCCUGCAACAGAGUCUCCAAGUGACGAGGGAGCUCUCCUUGAUCAGCUUUAUAUGGCACUAAGGAAUUUUGAUGGUCUAGAAGAAAUAGACAGAGCACUAGGGAUACCAGAACUAGUCAGCCAGCAAAACCAAGCUGUAGAUCCAGAGCCAUUCUCAAGUCAGGAAUCAAACAUCAUCCUAGAACAAAAGGCACCUGUUUUCCCGCAGCAGUACGCAUCUCAGGCUCAGAUGGCCCAGGGCAACUAUACACCAAUGCAGGACCCAAACUUUCACCCAAUAGCGCAGCGACCAGGUUAUGCAACACUGCGUAUGCAGCCGAGGCCUGGUCUAAGGCCUGCUAACAUAGUGCAGAACCAGCCAAAUCAGCUGAGGCUACAACUGCAGCAUAGACUCCAAGCACAGCAGAAUCGCCAGCCGCUGAUAAAUCAGAUCAGCAAUGUUUCCAAUAUGAGUCUGUCUCUAAGACCUGGAGUACCCACACAGGUGAGGGAACAGGGACCUCUCAAUGCACAGAUGCUGGCCCAGAGGCAGAGGGAGCUCCUGAGCCAGCACCUGAGGCACAGACAGAUGCAACAAGUGCAACAGCGAACUCUGAUGAUGCGAGGGCAGAGUAUGAAUAUAACGCCAAGUAUGGUGGCCUCUGGUGGCAUACCAGCAACGAUGAGCAACCCACGGAUUCCCCAAGCAAAUGCCCAGCAGUUUCCAUUUCCCCCAAACUACGGAAUAAAUCAGCAGCCUGAUCCAGGCUUCACAGGAGCGACCACUCCCCAGAGUCCCCUGAUGUCUCCAAGGAUGGCUCAUACCCAGAGUCCCAUGAUACAGCAGUCUCAGGCCAAUCCUGCCUACCAGUCCUCUACAGAGAUGAACGGAUGGGCACAAGGGAAUAUGGGUGGAAACAGCAUGUUUUCACAACAAUCUCCACCACAAUUUGGGCAGCAAGCAAACACCAGCAUGUACAAUAACAACAUGAACAUCAAUGUAUCCAUGGUGACCAACACAAGCAGUAUGAACAACAUGAACCAGAUGACAGGGCAGAUCAGCAUGACCUCAGCAACCUCUGUGCCUACAUCAGGGUUGUCCUCCAUGGGUCCUGAGCAGGUUAAUGAUCCUGCUAUGAGAGGAGGCAAUCUUUUUCCAAACCAGCUACCUGGAAUGGAUAUGAUAAAGCAGGAGGGAGAUGCAUCACGGAAAUAUUGCUGACCCUGAAGAUUGCUCACUUCUUCAAUUGACUGGGCUCCCCAGCUCGAACUGUUUACCAGUUUGAAGAGCUGCGUGUGUUUGGUUUUGCCCCAACUGUUCUGCCAGCCAGUUCUGCCGAAGAAAGUAGAAUUUAGUGCUGCAGACAGAACAACGCCACUCUGCGUGGAAUCAAAACAGUUGUUGGUGGAAGAGCAGCUGCCUCUUUGACAGUCUGAAGCUAGCGUACAGACAGUUGCUCAGUCUGUUCACUGCAUUCACCUUAGUGCAACUUAGAUCUCUCCUGCAAAGUAAAUGUUGAUAGCCAGUUUUCAUAAACCGUGUCAGAUUGAAUGUAUUUAAAUGUAUGUAUUUAAGGAAAACCAACCAUGCUCUCAUUCUGUUCUGUUUUUAGUUUUAGAUCUUGAUAUCUUUCUUUGUUUUCCUUAGCUACUCAGUCUGGUGCAAAGGAUUUAGUUCCGCCUGGAAAUCAAUGGUUUUAUAUUAUGACCUCCACUUUGAGAGGUAGGGAGGAUGACUCCCAGAGUGGUGGGUAUCAAAAUAAGGAGUGUAGAUGUCUAAUUUGGGGGGAAGAUAGCUAGUGGAGAGACCAACCAUGCUAGAAAACAAAACCCAUCUGUUUUGAAUAGGUUUAAAUUUGUAAACAGGCUAAAAUAUCCUAAGAGGGCUGUUUAUAAAGCUUAUUGGUUACCUUGAAUCAAAUCAUGAGUCAAAACACACAAUUUAAGUCCCCGUUUUGAUUGAUUUUAGCAUCCUAAAAAGUAACUGAAGUUAACGUCCAUUUUCACCAGCUGCCACUUGCCCCAUCUCUGUUUUUUUCUUAUAGGAUAGAGAAAUGAGUAACCCCCCAUCAUAUCCCUAGGUCUGUUACCUGUGUUCUAGGUUACAGAUAACUAGUUGCUGAAUAAUAACUUUAAUGAGGGUGCAUCUGUUGGUGAUGGAAGUGGCAGGAUUGAGACAAAAUAUCAGAGCUAAAGGCAUCUGAUUUUAAGUGAUAGAUCUUCAUUUUCCCGUCUCCUUACUGGGGAAAACAAUGACUUAAGCUAUGGCAGAUAUCACAAUGGAGUUAACCAUCAUGUGUUCUGAUUAUUUUUGAAGCAGUGUGGACGGCGAGGAAGUUUUGUAAGGUACAUAAAAUACAGUUUCUAUGUAAACAAGCAAUAAUUUAAGUUGAAAACUUUAGUGUUUUAAUUGUAUAAUUUUGUGAGGUAUACAUGUUGUGGAGUUGAUUUCCAAAUGAGGUACUUCAGUAUUAAAUUAGAUAUCUUCAUAGCUGUGUGUGUCUCCUGGGAAAAAGUGUUUUGUAAAGGAUCACAAUGCCUUGAUUAGACCUAAUUUGUAGGCUUGAGACUCUUCAUUUUCUAAACCUUGCAAUUCUGCUCAUAAAGUCAUUUAUCUAACCUUAUAUUAUAUGCAGCCACUGUAGGAGCCAAUUCUUGACUUUUUUGUAUGUUUAUAUUCUUUCUUAAUAAAUCUUAGAGAAACUGUUAUUCAGCAGGCCACUGCUUAAAGUGGUUUACUCUUGCCUGCUACGGUUGGGGUAAUAUUUUAUUAUAAGCUGGCAUCAGUUUCUGAGGACUUGAAAUAUCAGGAAACUGAUUGUUUUCGACCUCAUGUUUCUCUCUUCCCCAUAAUCCACACACUUUCGUACCUGAACUCAAAUUAUGGAUGUUGUUUAAAAUGCAAUGCAUUUUAUGGUAUCUUGAUCAUCAUUCAUGUCUUUGGGAGAGGAAGGUUUGUAACCUUGAAAUCUCGCAUGCUUGUGAUGAGGGUUGAAAUAUACAAAGAAACUGACUUUCAGAGUGCUGAAGAGAAUAUGUUAAUAUAUAGAAUGCAUUUCAAAUCAUUUGUUUCUGUUGAGUGGCUCAUAUUACACAGGGAGAACUGCCACAUCUUAGCAGUCCCCACUUUGUUGGUUAAACUCAAAAAUAGCUGUUCAGACAACUGAGCCAUCUGGUGGAAAUCUAAAGGAGAUGUCAGCCCUGAACUCUGUAACAUUGAGGAAAUGACUUUCUUGUUGGUUUUUUUAAUGCCUAGUUUAAAUGUACGUAAGAAUUAACCUACAUUUAUAGGAUUUAAAACUUUCUAAAUCAGAUGAAAUUAAAAUUAGUUUACUUUCCAUUAUUUUUAUUAUUUUCCACUGUCUUUUUUAAUAGAUCAAAGUAAGCAAAUAAGUAGAAUCAUAGAUUAUCUUAAAUUGGACCGAAUUCAAGUAGAUCUGCAUCAUUUACUGAUGCUUCAUCUUAAUUUUAAAAGGAGUACUUUAAUUUAAAAGUAUUUAUCACAAAUUGCUUUGGGUUCAUAGAACAUUUAGCUAUAUCUAAAUGAAUGAGUUCAGAACAAUGAGUUCAGGCAUUUCUGAUUAUGUUAGUCAUACUAGAAACCAAGGUAAAGAUGCCAAAUCAAUUUCUUUUUUUAAUCAGUAUUUCUUAUUCAGUACACAAUAAAGUUGCUAGAGAAAAUAAUUGGGUUUCAUGUUGUUGAAAUAUAAUGUGUUCUCUCAUAUGAGGUGUGAAAGACACACAGUUGGGAAAAUACACAUAUAUAAAUAGCUUCACACAACCAAGCUCCAUUCAACCAAGUUCAGGUAAGGUGAAACCAUUAAAUAAUCAAGUGGAUCUUUUUCAACACUUAAAAGUUUUAAAAUAUUGCCCCCACCAGUCUUUCUAUUGAUCUAUAUUAAUUGAAAGCAAUGUUUUUGCCAUUUAUACAAUGCAUUUUUAAUCUGUGUUUAAAAAAUGGAGUUCAUAUGGGCUUAACACAUGAAAAGGGUGGUUCAGCUCUACUUGCAAAACCCAAAGAUACACAAUCAGUUUUGAAAUGCAACUUAAGCCAUUGAUUGUUGGUGUGAAUUUAAAGUUUUCUAGUAUUUGUAUGGUAGUAUUGCUGCCUAAGAGCAAAAGCAUUCUCUGCACAAAAGAAAAUUACUGUAGUGGCUUUGGUUUUUAAUUAGAAUUUUCUCCCUGGUGUUUCUUUGUAGACUAAAACAAAAUCUUUUCAGUUUCUUACUACAGGUAAAGCUAUGUGCAAGAACCUCAAAAUGCUAAAAUCUAGCAUAAUGCCUUAGAUCUGUUUUUAAGUCUUGUAUAUUCCUACAUAGCUGUCUGAUGUAUUAUAUUUGUAUAGUGAAUUGUGUACAAUUUUGGAAUAAGUGCAUCAUCACUUAGCUUUCAGUCGUUGAAUAGAGAUGAUGGACACAUUUCUUCAAACAUUGACUCAUUUAAUAUUUUUUUUCCUUUUUGUCAUUUGUGGGUUUUAUUUGUACAGUUCCUCAUGAAGUUGCAUCUGAGAUGUGUAUGAGUGUGUGUAUAUGAAAAGAUUAUACGAGGGUAAAACUAAGCAAUAUAUAAACUAUGGUUCUUCAGGAGAAAGCUUACAGUGUUUUCAGGUUGUGAUUUAUUUUCAAAACUGAGUUGACUCUGAACAUCACUUUGUUCACCUGCAUUGAUGUUUGUAUUUCUAGUGUGAGCAGUUUAUGCAAAGGUAGAUAUAUUCAGAGAAAUUUUGAAUACAUUUAUGCAAGUUAAUAUUGCUUUGCUGAUGCUAUUUGCUUAUUUGAUGUUAAAUAAUGCUAUUGUAAAUAAAGAAUUCUGUUAUUGCAUCAUUUAAUAAAUUUUAAUGCCUUCGGGUUUUACAUGGCUUUA